AUGCAUAUGUAUAGGCGUAUUGCAAAAUAUUAUGAAUAUGUAAUCAUUCGCUCUAUAAAUCUAAGGUAACGGUACCCCACGUUGGGUACACAAUAGGAGGAGUUAUCCCCUGUGUACCUCAGCGCUGAAUAAACAUACCUACUUUACAAUCUAUCAGAUUGUGGAGUCUGUUUCCGCACGUCAGUUUUGGCGAGCCAGCCAGGAGACUCUCUGCUCGACUACGGGAUCGACUGCGGGGCGGACUCUCCCAGGCGCGCCCCGAGCACUUUCCUCGGAGGAGCCUCCGCUACCAGCCGCUCACCGUGGGGGGCAGACAAGGACUUCCUGAAGCCGCGGACUAAACGAAAAGAAUCUGGAGCCACAGUGGGAAGGACCAUACCAAGUACUUCUCACUUCUUUUACGGCAGUUAAGAUCAAAGAGCACAACUCCUGGAUUCACCAUACUCGGAUCAAGAAGGCCCCUACAACUACCUGGAAGGCAAUAGCAGGUGAUAAUGAACUAAAACUGAAGCUUACACGAGUAAAAUGAGCACAUUGGGGUUAAGAAUAUUUAAUAACCCAGCUUUUAGAAAGUCAAUUGAGAAAAUUAUUUUUGUAAUCAUAAUUGUAAAUCAAAGAUUGGAAAGGGCUGAAAGUGCUGAAUGGCCUUGGUCUGAAGCCUUGACAACUGAAGAUAGAAGCAUAACUGGUAAAUUGGCAGUUAUAGUCCUGUGGCGAACAGAUGCUGGCUAUCAGGGGCCCUGGCGAAAAGAUGCUGGCUAUCCAUAUAUGUUACCAAAAUGGGAGAAAUUGAAAGAAGAGUGGAUACUCGAAAGAAUCAUAGGAGAUGAAAUCAAAAUAGGGUGUCAAAUGAUUAAUGGAACGACCCACGAAAAGGUAACUGGAAUUCUGAUAGAAUCAACCUCCAAGGGGGGCCAACGAGAGGGAUGUGUCCGCCCAGGUAAAUUAGAUUGUUGGUAUGAUUUUAUGUUAACACAGACUGUUGUGGUCAGUUGUUUCUGGGUUAAUAAUGCUAAUAAUGGCCAAGAGCUUAAAAUAGAGGGAGGCCUUGUGAUAAAUUUUAAGAUACACGCUGUACCUCCUACGACUAGGGGGCCCCUUACAACACAAACAACUCAACCCCUUACAACACAAACAACUCAACCCCAAACAAAACCAAAACCCAAGAUUUAUGAAAUUGGCCCAUAUAUGAUUAGGAAUGUGGGCCAACAACAACUAUUGUUUAACCCAGAAUGGUCUCUUAAGCGUGUUGAAUUGACGAUACAGACUAAUAUCUCAGAAAUUCAACCAGCCUGUCUUAUUUUUUUAACAACAUCUUUCAAGGGCUGGACGAUGUGGUCACAAAAACAAACGCACCUUAGGAGCAGGAUGAAAAGAGAUUUAACUGGGGUAUUAGGAACGGGAUUGGGAGUUUUGAAUGGAAUCGAUUCAGAAGUAUUAAUGAACAAAUUGGCCACUGCAACAAGUGAUUUGACAAGGCUAAGGCAGCCUCUACAGUCAUCUUUAUUGGCAUUGGGAACUAGUCAAUGGCAAGUCUCAAAAGUAUUGCCAAGUUGGGAAAGGGUUGAGGACCAAGACCACAGACUAAUACUAGAUGCACUUAGUAUGGUUCAGGAUAAUGUGUCUUUAGCUUUUAGUUGUAUACAAGCACAAUUAUGGAUGCAGGCAACCGCUGCCUUGAUUAUAAGGGAAGGGAAUGAAGGAAUUUUUCCAGUUGAAAUCCGAAAGGCGGUUUGGGACAAAGCCACCAAUUUUGAAAGGAAAUUCCAAUCGUGGUGGACUAUGGUGAAUUUUACUUAUGACCCCACUACUAACACAGCUACUGCCUUUGUGCUCACUAUACGUAAUGCCACAGUUUAUGUAAUCCACCCCAUCAUUGCAUUAGGAUUGAAUCAUAAGGACACAGUGCUCUAUCCUUCAGAACACAGAGCAUGGGCCCGGAAGGUGAAUGAGAAAUGGCAGACUGUAAAUGUGGAAUCUUGUAUUACCCGAGAACAACAGGGGUUCAUUUGUGAAAGUAAUACAAUUGAUGCCCAAGACGUAUGCCUUGAUACUGAGCAAAGUAUCUGCCACUUCGAAAUUCACCUAGAUAACAGUAAAAAAACGGUGAUUGUAUAUACUGGUCAAGGCUGUAUAUGUUUAGGAACUGCUUGUGUAUUGGUAGAGAUAGAUCAUGACAAUGUAACUUUGCCCAUUCAGGAAUCAUUCUAA